CUGGUUUAAAACCCUCCAUUAAAGGGUUACACGUGUGCAGCUUCAAGAGCAGUCUGAAGGAAAACAGUCAUGCCUGGAAUUCUGUUGGGAGACGUGUUCCCUAACUUUGAAGCAGAGACUACUAUCGGCACAAUAAAAUUUCACGAAUUCUUGGGAAACUCAUGGGGUAUCUUGUUCUCACACCCACGUGAUUUCACUCCAGUGUGUACGACUGAACUUGCCCGCGCUGCGAAGCUUCACGAUGAGUUUAAGAAACGUGAUGUGAAGAUGAUCGCGUUGUCCAUUGACAGCGUGGAAGACCACCGCAAAUGGAGUGAGGACAUUAUGUCAUUUAAUAAAGACAAAACCUGCUGUCCCGUGCCGUUCCCCAUCAUAGCAGAUGACAAGAGGGAGUUAUCCGUAUUACUGGGGAUGCUGGACCCUGAUGAGAGGGAUAAAGACGGGAUGCCCCUCACUGCUCGCUGUGUGUUUGUCGUUGGCCCUGAUAAAAGGCUGAAGCUGUCCAUUCUCUAUCCAGCCACUACCGGGCGCAAUUUUGAUGAGAUUCUCCGUGUCAUAGACUCUCUGCAGCUGACGGCAACAAAGAAGGUGGCCACACCUGUAGACUGGCAGCCUGGUCAAGAAGUCAUGGUCAUCCCUUCUCUGUCAGAUGAAGAGGCCAACAAACUUUUCCCAGCAGGUUUUACCCUCAAAGAGGUGCCUUCUGGGAAAAAAUACAUACGCUACACUAAACCGUAACUAAUAUAUUGGGGCGAUACUGUAGAAAUGGCACUUAACUGACACUCGAUGUGGUGUAUUCUCUCACUUUGAAUCACCUGCUACUAUCCAGAGGGAGACAUCAUCAGAGUUUAGCAUCAAAAGGUCAUUACAUUCAAUAAAAUGAUUGUGCUUUAAUAUCAAUAAAACUAUGGUCCUUUUGUAAUAAAAAAAAAAAGUAUGAUGUUUUGAGAUGUA